AUGCAGUUCACCAUCGCCACCAUCAUUGCCUUCGCUGCCGCCGCUCAGGCCGGUCCCCUCGCCAUCCGCGAUGUCUGCAACUCUGCUCCCUCCGGCCCUACCACCGCCAACGUCGAGCCCCGCUCCCAGCCCGCCGCCGCCACCGCGGACGCCUGCCAAAAGCUUUGCGAGGCCGACUCUGGCUGCCAGUCCUUCGUCUUCGGCCUUCCCCCCUCCGGCACCACCCCUCUCUGCUACCUCUACGCCGUCCCGGCUUCUCAGGUCCCCAAGCAGUCCAACACCAACUUGGUGGUCUUUGACAAGGCUUGCACCAGCGUCCCCACCGUCGCUCCUACCCAGACCAACACCGGCGCCAACAACGGCAACACCGGCUCCAACACUGGUGCCAACACCGGCAACGCCAACACCGGCAGCAACAACAACGGGGGCGAACAGCCCAAGAAGCGCGCUAACGUCUGCGGCGCCGCCCCCGCCGGUCCCGCGACAAGCAGCCCCACCCCUCUCCUGAGCCGCGAGGAUAUCACCACCCAGGACGCCUGCUUGGCUCUCUGCAAGCAGACCACUGGAUGCCAGGCCAUCGAGUUCGGCAAGCCUUCCGCCAACGAGCCGGUCCAGUGCCGCCUCUUCAACGUCCCGGCUUCCAGCCUGCCCGCUCCCACCAACGGUCAGACCUUCGUCGCCUUCGACAUUGGCUGCUAA